AACAACAAUAAGUAAUAACACCGCAGUCUGCAGCAGCCGCGCUGUGCGUUUCGUGUACCGAUGUCUGAUGUUCACUGAUUGUACGCCGUUUGCCUAACUCUGUCGUCUCGUUCGCGAAUUGAGUAUUAGUCGUCAUUAUUGAUAUUGUUUUAAUAUUGGGCACCGACCGAUAACGGUUGUUAAAGCACAAAAUCAUAUAGUAUACCCAAACGAAUAACCUGGACCCUACCAGGAAAGACGCGCUCCCCGGAAGAACCCUAUAUUAUUGUAGUAUCGAAAGCGGUUUCAAGUGAAAACAAUUUAUAAUAAUAGAAACAUGGCAAUCGGCUGUGGCGGACGUGCCGGCAGCGACUACAAAUCGCCCGCCUAGUCGGAAGACGAGUGCUUCGCGGCGAGAUAACCCGAUCAUUGGUGAAGUGAGCUGAUAAAAAUAAAAAACAACUCGACAACCAAUUCUCUGUUGUUGAGAUUGCUGUGCGGUGUCAGAAGCAUUCAUAGCAGUCUUGGACAUCCACCUCCCCGUCCAACACACACUUAUACUUGGAUUUUCUUUUAUUUGAAAAUUUCACAUAAUACAUAUCAAAAUUGUAUUCCUACGCUAUGAGUGCAUAUCACAUGAAUACUGCUCCCGUUGUAUACGACGUCCAGAACUCUACUCUGUUUGGUCACGGAUUGUUUGGCGAUUGUUACUCAAAUAUCAUGGGAACGGCUGCAACAAUGUUCCUGUCCACACAGUAUCAGCCAGUCUUUAUGUCUGUGAUUGGGUCCAUUGUCGUGGGCCUCAGUGGACUUUUCCCCCUACUCAUAUUGCCAGUCAAUGACUCAAUUUCUCUAAAAACUGGACCUGGCAGUAAACAUUUACGUCUGUUGUUGAGUUUUUCUGUUGGUGGUAUGCUGGGUGAUGUAUUUUUACACGUCUUACCUGAAGUAUGGAUUUCAUCUAAAGAUAGACAUGGAAACUGGAUACGGGAUGGCUGGUGGGUUCUGGCGGGUUUAUUAGUAUUCAUCAUAGUUGAAAAAUUGUUUUCAUUAUCAGACGAUAAAGAAACUAAUGAAACAAUUCAAAAUAAAAUGGCGUCUACUGACAUAAACUCAGUCAACAACAACCAUAAGGAUCUAGGAAAAACAACUAAGUCCAAUAAUGAUGUACUGACCAAAGGAAAAAAUCACAUUCUAAUAAGUGGUUAUUUAAACUUAUUGGCCAAUUGUAUUGAUAAUUUCACUCAUGGUUUGGCAUUAGGUGGAAGUUUUCUCAUAUCCCCAAGAGUUGGUAUGUUUACCACAUUGGCAAUAUUAGUUCACGAAAUUCCACAUGAAGUUGGUGAUUUUGCUAUUCUUUUGAAGUCUGGGUUUAGUCGUUGGCAAGCUGCAUGUGCUCAAGUAUAUACAGCUUCUGCUGGCAUAUUUGGAGCCCUUACGGCCAUCUACUGUAGUGGAGUGUCUGGUGAUGUUGAGGCAAAGACAUCUUGGAUUAUGCCGUUUACUGCUGGCGGUUUCCUUCACAUAUCUUUGGUUACUGUUUUGCCCGAGCUUCUACUUGAAGAGAACCCAAGAGAAUCAAUCAAACAGUUUACGUUAAUAAUAGCUGGAAUAUCAGUUAUGUUUGUCAUGUCUCAUCUGUUUGAAUGAUAAAACAUAAUUUUUUUCCCUGUCCCACUCACCCAUCUUGUAUCCCAUUUACAAAAGACUAUAAUUUAAUAUUAUUAUUAUUUGACAUUUUUACUGUAUAAUCACAUCAUUAAGUACCACCUACUACUAUCUGUUUAGUCAAUUUAAGUUAAUUAUGUAUUGUUUUUAUAUUAUUCAUGAAAAACUACCGAUUUCUGAACCAAUUUCUUUAUAAUGUUACCAUAAGACACAGGCCAACACAUUACUAUUCAUAUUUAAAAAAAAAUCAUAUCCUUAGAGAUUAAUAAUUGGUUUUAU